CGGUCUCAUGGAGGACUUGUCAAGAUCAGAGGUCAAACGAAACGACCUCUUAUCAAACCACCGCUAGCAAAGCAUCUGCCCAUGGACCUCGACCCAGAUUGCACCGUCCGGCAACCUCAUGGCGGAUGAUCAUCUGCUCGCCAAGGUCCAUGGCCUUAGUGACCUUGAGCUUGCUGCGCUCCUCUGUCUCUUGAGCCGAGAGCAUUGUCUCAUCAGCACGCCACCGGAAGCCUUAGACGAUCUAAUCGAAGAGCUACAGCUCAUAUCUACCCAGACAUUCGGCCUAAGAUGUGCUGUCGUCCACUGUCACCCGGAGACUACCCUAGAUGAUUUCACCUCCUCCAUCCUCGUCCCGACCACCGCCCGGGCGAGCUCCUUUCUCCAGGCCCGCCACGCUGACACCCCUGAAUCGUCAUAUUUCGCCUCCCGCUCCGACACCCUCACGCCGCAGCCCCGCGUCACCUCCUUCCAGGCUCCCAGUCCAAGUACUGUCCCUACUACCAACAUCAUCGCAAACGUCGUCAUCGCCAAGAAUCUCAAUGCAGCCCCCAAAGCCGUCCAGAUCCAGGCACUCGAACUCCUGCGCACCCGCCGCAUCUUCACCCGCACGUCCGUCCAGCAGGCGCCCAAGAAGUUCCUGUUCGUCGCCGCCCUAGCCGCCCGCUCAGGAGGCGCUGCCCGUGUCACGCCCCAUCUGAACGACUUCUUCUACCUUGCGCACUGGCAUGACCCGAAUGACGGCUUCGCGAACCUUGACGAGGCGGAGUACGGAGGUGGAACCGCCGGUGAGGGUUCCGAGACCGCCAGCAUGGAGAGCGUCGUCAAGAAGAGCUCCUGCGGCGGAGAGCCGGCCGUGAGCGAUGAUCCGCUCUUCAGCGAUGUCGACAUUGCAACCCUGGCGAAAUUGAGUCGGGAGGUGCAGGUCGACGUCGACGUCUUCCGGUAUCAGAUGAACAUCAUUUCGUUUCUACGUAUACAUCGGGCGGUACGGAGCGGUGUCAGUCCCACCGCCACGAAGCAUUUUGAGCAGCUAAUCAAGGCACUGGCACCGCUGCACGGCCUAAACUACGCUACGCCCGCCCUGGUUGCCCUUGCUCUGAAGAAAACGUAUCUACACCGGAUACAGAUCGUCCGACCGGAGGAAGAGAGGAGCAUACAAUGGGGCAGCCAGGUCGAAGCCGUCAAGGCGCUCUUGGACGGUGUAGGGCCUGAGGAGGUGAUGGAUGAUGUGCUUGAAAUGGUACCAACGCCUUUGUGAAUUAUAUACGGUCAAACACCGUGUUCGACUUAGUAUAUCUAGCAUGGGCAACCGGGAAGGACCCAGCUCAGAUAGGAUCAUGCACCAACCCUUGAGGUCACCGGGAUAUUCCCAAUUCCUCCAUGACCGAUUCAUCCUUUCCGACAUCUGUUUCAGUAUCCUUGUCCAAGUCAUCUCAUGUGAAUUGUAGCCGCGUCCGCUUCCUGUCAUCAGUGUUCGUCUCUGAUGAACGCGGCUAUGGUAUAUAGUAUUGUGAACGCAACGCCUAUUGGUAUACACC